UAAAGUCUGCAGCUGGCUAGCCGGCUCUUCUCUGACUCCUCCAUCGCGCUGUAGAUGUUUACAAAAGUCCCAGCCGAGCACAAAGUACGCACCACACUACGGCAAGCGAGCAGCCGCCAGUUUCAAAUCGUUUCCUCGAAACGCAUUUCUAUGGCCUGAGGGUUCACGUUACCACUCUCAGCUGUCAGUGAUCUAUUUCUGCUCUCUCCUCGCUUUACUUCAGCACAUGCAUGAGUCUGUCAUACGUCUGCAGCAAUGAGUUUAAUUAGAGGACUGGUUUCCACUUUAUACUGUCUUCCAAAGGUUUAUAAAUGGUUUUAUCGGCCCUAUUACUUGCUGUCACUGCUGAUGACCGUGGCGUUCCCCAUCGUGCGCAGCUGUCCUGGCCUGUGCGAGUAUUUACCGUCUCAGAGAGAGGACAGCAACUCCUGCGCGUUUGACUGGAGGGAGGUGGAGAUUUUAAUGUUUCUCAGUGCUAUUGUCAUGAUGAAGAACCGCAGAGCCAUAACACUGGAGCAGCACAUAGGGAAUAUAUUUCUCUUCAGUAAGGUGGCGAAUGUGGUGCUGUUUUUUCGAGUGGAUCUGAGACUCGGCCUUCUCUACCUCAUGCUGUGUGUGGUGUUCCUUAUCACAUGUAAGCCACCAAUCUACAUGGGCCCCGAGUUCAUCAAAUACUUCAGUGACUCAACUAUAGAUGAAGAGCUGCGGAGGGACGGUCGUGUGACAUGGAUUGUUGAGUUUUAUGCCAACUGGUCUCCAGAGUGUCAGACAUUUGCUCCUAUUUUUGCUGACCUGUCACUCAAGUAUGACUGCUUAGGCCUCAAAUUUGGAAAAGUGGACAUUGGACAAUAUGCAGCAGCUGCCGAGAGGUAUAAGGUAAACCCCUCGCCGCUCUGCAAGCAGCUGCCUUCUCUGUUGCUCCUGCAAGGCGGUCGAGAACUCAUGCGCCGCCCGCUAGUGGACAUGAAGGGACGAGCCGUUGGGUGGAACUGCACUGAGGAAAAUAUAAUUCGAGAGUUCAACCUAAAUGAGAUGUUCCAGAGAUGUAAGAAAUUUAGCAAAGGAGAGAAGCCCGAGGAACCGAAGACACUCCUGCAGGAGGCUCCUGAAGAAGAGCAGCCACAUGAGGAUGAGGAUGAGGAGGAGGAGGAACCAGAGAGCAAGAAAGACAAAUAAGACACAGAACGGAAAGGAAUUCAGCAUUUAUGACUAUCCUGAACCCACACUGAAUUGUGCAACACAUCAUCUACACAAAUGCCUCGCAUGUGGAAACUUUUUCUCUUAACUUUAAUCUUUUAUUUUACUUUACAGGAAACUUUUUUUUGUCAGCUGUGUUUGCUUUCAUAUUCUGGCCGCUGGCUUUUCAUAAUAAAUGCAUUCAGUGCGUCUUAAAGUUUAAUAAU